AUGGUAGCGAAAUUCCAGUUACGAAACUACUCACCGCCGACAUACCGGGUGCUCGCUCUGCUUGUCGUCUUCGUUGUGCUAUCAGUACUUCUAUUACGAGACGAGCCAGUGCAGCUCAAUGGCAACAGCGAUGACGAUGUUGUUGCUCCCAUUCUUGAGGCUACGAAGAGCAGCUAUGACUGGUCUACACAUCCCCAGAAGCAUCCGGUCCCUCUGGCGGAUAUGACACGGCUCCCCGACGGAGAGCCACUCAGUCUCCCCAAGAUCCAGUUCGAUUUCGCUGCAGACCGAUCAGACAGCCUGAAGAAAAGAGAUAUCGGCCUCAUGAGCUCCCGCCGCCAUGAGGUGCGCAAAGCAUUCAUUAAGAGCUGGCAGUCUUAUACCAGGUACGCCUGGGGAUACGACGAGUUACAACCUCUAUCUUUGAGGGGCAGGAACCGCUACAACGGCUGGGGCGUUACCCUGGUCGACUCGCUCGACACACUAUGGUUGAUGGGAAUGUUUGAUGAUUUCAACAAAGCCGUCCAGUACGUCAGCACGAUUGAUUGGAAUAACGCGACGGAGUCAAGGUGCAACGUGCUCGAGACGAAUAUUCGGUACAUCGGUGGACUUCUGUCGGCGUACGACCUUAGCAACGAACAAGUGCUUCUCGACAAGGCCAUCCAGCUCGCCGAUAUGCUGUACGCGGCUUUCGACACGCCCAACCGCUUCCCCCCCUUUGCCUUCAGCUUUGUAGAGCUCAAGGCGGGAAGAAUCCUACCUGAUCCCUACCAAAGCGCUGCUGCUAUCGGCAGCAUGUCUUUGGAAUUUACAAGACUUGCUCAGUUGACGGGAGAGUUCAAAUUCUACGACGCCAUCGAGCGCAUAAAGCAAGCGUUCGACCUCAUCCAGGAAGAGACCAUGCUGCCGGGCCUGUGGCCGAGCUUCAUCAACGUCCGCGAUGACUUCCAAGCGACCAACAACAUCUUCAAGCUGGGAGGGGACGGCGACUCAGUCUACGAAUACCUGCCGAAGAUGCACGUCCUCCUAGGCGGACUCGACACAUCCUAUGAGAAAAUGUACAAGGGCGCCGCAAGAGCAGCCAAGGCUCAUCUUCUGUACCGACCAAUGACACCGCAGAUGGAUGACAUCUUGCUCCUCGGUACCGCCAUCGUCAACGAGAAAUUAAGAAAAAUCGACCAGAUCUCCGAAAUCGAGCACUUGUCCUGCUUCGCUGGCGGGAUGUUCGCCAUGGCCGGCAAGCUGUUUGACAUCCCAGACGAUGUCGAGGUCGGCGACAAGCUCGCGCGCGGAUGCGCAUGGGCGUACAAGUCUUUCAAGAGCGGCCUCAUGCCGGAAAAAGCCCAGGUUGUCAAAUGCGACACCAUAGACGCCUGCGCGUGGGACGAGCAGAAAUGGGCUGCGCAGAGCGGUCAGCAAGCACCCCGCGGAUUCUGGCGCGUCGAUGACGCCCACUACAACCUGCGGCCCGAGGGUAUCGAGAGCCUCUUCAUUCUCUACCGAAUCACUGGCAGGGAGGACCUUCUAGACAUGGCGUGGGACAUGUUCCAGGCCGUCCAGAGGGCAACGCAGACGGACGACGCCCACGCCGUGAUUGUCGACGUGACAUACAGCCAGUCGCGGCAGGAGGAUACGAUGGAGAGCUUCUUCUUUGCAGAAACAUUGAAGUACUUUUACUUGAUUUUCUCGGAUCCCGAGCUGAUCAGCCUGGACGAAUGGGUCUUUAACACCGAGGCUCAUCCCUUUAAACGGCCUACAUCAACAUGA